AAAGGUACUCCUACUACAAACCACCAUUUUGGACAAAACAUGAAAAAGUUGUAAAUCACAUACAUACAACACAACGAAAGGUCACGUUCCAUUUUCGUUUUUGUGGAGGCAAACUACGUUCAAGAGCUUUCAGGAACAGAACAGAGACAACCCAACAACAACAAGGGUAUCUGAUACACUGCCAAAUCUAUCUUCAACCACAAAACAAACAAACAAAAAGUUCUCACCAAUUCAGAUACCCUUUUGCCGGAACUUCCACUUUCCGGCCAAGAAUGGCUGUGGUCGGUGAAAAAACAGGGUCUGAUGUAAAAGUUCGGAGCCUUUGUAGCAUGCCAUUUUGGCAAACAACUCGUGCUUCUUCUUCUUCUGCUACAGGUUCUUCUAUGCACAGUGUUCAUCAGCAGAAUCAAGUUGUUCAGUCUCUUGAUAGAUCGAAUCAUCAACCUUCAAGCACUGUUUCUUCCUUGGCCAAGUCUCUUCUUCCUAUAUGGAAACGGCUACGCCUUGAUCCUCCCAACAAGCUCUACUUUCCCUAUGAACCUGGUAAGCAAGUUCGAAGCGCCGUCGCAAUUAAAAACACUUGCAAGUCUCAUGUGGCCUUCAAGUUUCAAACAACUGCGCCCAAGAGUUGUUUUAUGCGCCCUCCAGGAGGUAUUCUUGCACCUGGUGAAAGUAUUAUUGCAACUGUGUUUAAGUUUGUCGAGCCACCGGAUAACAAUGAGAAACCAGUUGAUAAAAAAAGCAGGGUUAAGUUCAAAAUCAUGAGCUUAAAAGUAAAAGGAGAAAUGGACUAUGUACCAGAACUGUUUGAUGAGCAAAGGGAUCAAGUAGCAGUGGAGCAAAUUUUGCGUGUGGUUUUUCUGGACCCUGAACGCCCUAGUCCUGCCAUGGAUAAGCUUAAACAGCAACUGGCUGAGUCUGAGGCUACACUGGAAGCAAGAAAGAAGCCUAGAGAGGAGACAGGUCCUAGAAUAGCUGGGGAAGGACUUGUUAUAGAUGAAUGGAAAGAGAGAAGAGAAAGGUACCUGGCCAAACAGCAGGUUGAAGGGGUUGAAUCAAUAAAUUGAAUUCCUUGGCCAGUGCUGUGUCAAAUGUGGUUGAGUGACCUAGCAAAAUGCUCUCAGUAGAUAUUGUGGAAGCAUUCCUUUGUUAAAUUUCAUUAGCAUGUUUGUGGUGUUAGAUGUGAUUGGAUUAACCCUGUGAUUGGUGAUGUUUUACCUUUCCAUCACCUUCUAUAACUUGUUGAUACAUAGCUUGUCUGUUUGAAAUGAAAUUAAUCUUCAGAGCUGAUGUAGCCUUUUUUUUUUAAUCUUGUUCACCUU